AUGUGGAAAACAUUCAAGUGCAGGUCAGGUUUGUCUAUACACAUGAGAACACACACAGGUGAGAAGCCAUUUAUUUGCAAAACAUGUUCGAAGAAUUUUGGAAAAAGUAGUCAUUUGAUCGUCCACAUGAGAACACACACAGGUGAGAAGCCUUUUACUUGCAAAACAUGUUCGAGGAAUUUUGGAAAAAGUUGUAGUUUGACGGUCCACAUGAGAACACACACAGGUGAGAAGCCAUUUUCUUGCAAAACAUGUGGAAAGGAUUUUCAAUAUAGUUAUCAUCACUUGAAAAGCCACAUGAGAACACACACCGGUGAGAAGCCAUUUACUUGCAAAACAUGUGGAAAGAGUUUUGGACUUAGUGAUAGCUUGAGGGUCCACAUGAGAACACACACAGGUGAGAAGCCAUUUUCUUGCAAAAUAUGUGAAAUGGAUUUUCGAUAUCGUUCUCACUUGAAAAACCACAUACGACACACAGGUGAGAAGCCAUUUUCUUUCAAAACGUAUGGAAAAGAUUUUGGACGUAAUGAUGACUUGUUGGUUCAUGUGGAGAGCCCACUCUGCAGAAGCCGAACUGCAAGAAAACAUAAUUUGAGGCUACUCUGUUGA